AUGGGCGGACUCGCAAAGCUGAAGGAAGAUCGGGUUACGGUGGUCAACAAAUGGUCUCCCACCCAGUUCGUCAACUACACGGGGCUCUACGAUUUUUCGGGGCCCGAGAAAAGCCACCCGGAAGUGUGGCAGCAGAGCCAUUGGUCGUAUGCUUCAGUCGCCCUCCAUCUCGCUCUCCAAGCCCACCCGAUCCAGGGCCAACGUGGCGUCAUCUUUGGCUCGGACGGCCAGAGCCCGUGGGUUGAGAAUUUUGCGAUGAAGCAUGGCGCUGAACGCCUCCUGAUCAUCGAGCAACAGCGGGUGAUCAGCGACGCUCCUCGUCUCCUUCAAUAUGUCACCCCGCUAGCCGUGGCGCAGAAUUAUGACAGUCACGUCGGCCGCUACGACUUUGUGAUCAGCUUCGCGCAGCUCGGGCCCCUGGGGCUGGGCGGUGGAGGCGAGAUCCAGGAGCCGUAUGCUGAUAUUAGCGCCAUUUUCCGGCUGGCGUGCCUUCUGAAAAAGGAAGGCACGAUGUAUUUGGGCGAGGCGAUGACGCGGGAUGGCGUAAACUACAAUACGAGGCGAAUUUAUGGCCGGAUCAGGUUGCCACUGCUCUUGGCCGGCUUCGAGAUUCGCACCGGUUUCCUCAACAACCAGGCGACGCCGAUAAUCCUGGACCCAAAUUGGCUCGACACCGAGCACACGAUCACCUACGUGCCCGUGUUGGUGCUGCAGAAAAAGUGG